AUGAUACCGCAAGAUACCACAACAAACGCUUCAAAACCGGAGCCAAUUGCUCAUCGAGAUCUUCACAUCUUGAAUCCGCCGACGCCACAAGGCAAGGCUGCGAAAUGUGACGAUGCAGGAGCCUUGGAAAGCAAGGACAAGGAGGAUAAGUUCAAGUUUAUACUCAAGAACUUGGACUAUUUCAACGGUGAAGGGAUCAAGGACUUACUCAAGACAUCAGACAUCAUCUCAAAAGGAUUUGAGUUGUUGCAGGAUGUUACCAGAUCCCUCCCAAUACCAACAUUCAUCGGCACGCAUGAGCUCGGUGACGACAUGAAAGAUAUCAAUUCAGCGCAGAAAGCUCUAGCUUAUUUUCUCCAGACCAGUAGCGGGGUUUACUACCACGUCGGCGCGGUUAGCUGUGAUGUCGACGAAGAUGAGUUUCAAAAAGCGCGGACCAUCAACUUUAGGCUAGCGAAGAAUCAUGAUUUGACCGAGGAAGACAUCGAGUUCAUGAAGAUCUUGGAAGACUUGAUGAACGGCAAAAUAUCGCUAGCCAAUGUUGAAUCAUUGGCUCUGAAGCACGUUGUCGCCCGGGCUCAGCAUGAGGUCAAGAUUGAAUGCCAAGGCUUGCAAAGCCUCUUGAGACCUCUCGCUUCACACGGUGUAGCCGACCAGCAUUUUGGCAAAGACUCACUUGAAGUACUCAAUUGGCCAGUUCUUGACUACUACAUCCUUCAGAGACGACCGAAAAACGAUGUUCAAGCAACAAAGCCACGUAUAGAGUCGUUCAAGCAGCACCUCGAUGGUUUCAUCGAGGUCCUUGAGGCUUGGAAGCAGUUGUCAGAGGAAGAACUCAAGUGUCCGGAGGUUGAGGGAGGGACUGGAUCCUCGAAGCGUGAAAAAUCCCUUGCACGAUAG